AUGAGGCCCGCGCUACCUCAGCAUAAUGGUGACCCAGGCAGCUCUUCGCGACCGGGCCGCUCAGUAUCGGCCUCCGAUGAACAAGAUGAUUCCCGGUCAUCUUCGUCGACCGAGUCGCCUGCUGCCGCCGAUCACGAAGAAUCCGAUUUCUUUCUCAACAAUAACGACUCACAGUCCUCGCUCGGCGUCAACGGAUUUCAGGAUAUGGUUAUGAAUGACGAUUGCCCGCCGAUGGACCGCUUACCGAACGAGAUCCUGAUGUGCAUUUUCGCAAAGCUUGCUCCGUCAACCCAUGACCUCUACCACGUCAUGCUAGUCUGCAAGCGUUGGGCCAGGAACUCGGUAGACCUCUUGUGGCACAGGCCGACGUGCAACAACUGGCGCAAUCAUGGAAUCAUCUGCCAGACUUUAGGCGUGGAGAACCCAUACUUUCGUUACGCAGACUUCAUCAAGCGCCUCAACUUGGCUGCCCUCGGUGAAAAGGUCAGCGACGGCAGUGUGCAGCCCUUGUCCGUCUGCACGCGGAUUGAACGACUCACGCUACCGAACUGUCGCGGCUUGACUGACCUAGGGCUCAUGUCCUUGGUAGAUGGAAGCACAUGUCUCUCAGCCCUCGAUAUUUCCAACGACAAGAAUAUCACCGAACAGUCGAUCAACGCGGUGGCCGAGUCCUGCAAGCGUCUCCAGGGCUUGAACAUUACAGGGUGUGAGAAUAUAUCCAACGAAAGCAUGAUCAAUCUUGCUCAGAAUUGUCGGUCCAUCAAGAGACUGAAAUUAAACGAAUGCUCUCAGUUGCGGGACGAUGCCGUCAACGCUUUUGCCGAGAACUGCCCCAACAUGCUCGAGAUCGAUUUGCAUCAGUGCCACUUGGUUGGCAACGGUCCCAUCACGGCAUUGUUGACCAAGGGUACCUCGCUGAGGGAGCUGCGCCUGGCCAACUGUGACCUCGUUGACGACUUCGCGUUCCUCUCUUUGCCGGCGUCAAGGACCUUUGAGCACUUGCGAAUCCUCGAUCUGACAUCGUGCGCCAGACUGACCGAUGAGGCUGUGCUGAAAAUCAUCGAUGCUGCACCGCGACUGAGAAACCUGGUCUUGGCCAAAUGUCGCAACAUCACUGACAUUUCUGUAAAGGCGAUUGCCAAGUUGGGUAAGAACCUUCACUAUGUACACCUGGGUCAUUGUGGACAAAUCACGGAUGAGGGGGUGAAGGAGCUCAUCCAACAAUGCAACCGCAUACGAUACAUCGAUCUGGGUUGCUGCACCAACUUGACGGAUGACUCCGUUCGCAGGCUCGCCACGCUCCCGAAGCUCAAGCGAAUUGGGCUCGUCAAGUGCAGCAAUAUAUCGGACGAAUCUGUCCUGGCUUUGGCAGACUCACAUCGUCGUUUGCGACCAGUCAGGGACAGCGCUGGCAGAGUUAUUGGCGGACACGGCGAUGCUUUCUACUCGUCAAGCCUCGAGCGAGUGCAUCUUAGCUACUGCGUGAACCUGACUUUGAAGAGCAUUUUCAAACUUCUCAACUGCUGCACCCGCCUCACCCACCUGAGCCUUACAGGUGUUGCGGCAUUCCAGCGCGAUGACUUUCAGCCGUUCUGCCGAGCAGCGCCACCCGAGUUUACCCAACACCAACGCGACGUCUUCUGCGUCUUCUCCGGGCACAGCGUGAAUCACUUCCGCAACUACCUCAACACCGACGAGCAAUUCAAGGAACUUCGAAUGAACAGCUCAUUCAGGCGCAUGCGGGACAGUGCGAGUCACCAUCACCAGUCCCUCGCGGGACUCGACCUGUUAGACGACGAGAUGAACGAUGGCGACGACGACUUUGACGGCAUGGACGCAACCAUGCAUCUUCCAACCGGUGCACCCGCGGGGAUCCUCAACUCGCUGAAUGGAUAUGGCCCACCCUCCAUACCGAAUGUUGGGCUGGCGGGGCUUCCGCAACAAUUGAACGGUCCGCUGAACCACUUUCCCGGGUUCGGUAAUUGGACCACCCUAGGUGAAAUGUUGAACAGCGGACAGGCCAGUCAAGCGCCCGUGGAGAGUGCAGGAGGUGCUAGUACGGCGCCCCUACACAUGCCCCAAGCCGAAGCGCAGCCGCCACCUGAUGAAGACGCCGCGGAUGGGCCCGGUGGCAGCGGGCAGCCGCAUCACUCGAUUUAA